AUGAAUUCUAUAGGUCAAACUACACAACCACCUAAUUAUUCUUGUAGUGAAAAUGAUACUUCUAUACAAUUUACAUUGUCUUCAUCAUCUCAUUCAGCUUCAAAUCCAACAUCAAGUUGUUCUUUACAACAAUGUAAUACAAGCUUGAAUGGUAACAAUAAUUGUCUUUCAUCAUCAACACCUUGUUUUGAUUAUCGAACAAUAAAUAAUAUUAGUUAUUGUGCACCUGGUAUUUUAUGUUCAAUAUUAGACAGAUGUGAUAAUAUUACACAAACAUGCUCAUCAAAUAGCUCAGUGUGCGUUAUUAAUUCAUGUUGUUCAUCAUGA